AUGCACAGCAAGGAGCUGCUCGGGAGAGGGAUGCACAGCAGGUGGACGCACGUCCUUGGGCCCGCUCUGCUGCUGCUGCAGCUGCUGAGAGGAGCCGGCGCUCUCGAAUGCUACAGCUGUGUGCAGAAAGGGGACAACGGGUGCGCCCCGGCCCGGGUGAAGACGGUGAAGUGUCCGGCAGGCACGGAGGUCUGCACGGAGGCGGUGGGCGCCGUGGAGACCAUCCACGGUCAGUUCUCGCUGGCGGUGAAGGGUUGCGGCUCGGGGCUGCCGGGCAAGAAUGACCGAGGCCUGGACCUGCACGGCAUCGUGGGCUUCCUGCAGCUGCUGCAGUGUGACCGCGACCGCUGCAACGGGCAGCUCAACCUGACGACCACUCCGCUUAACCCUGCCGGGAACGAGAGCGCCCAGGAGGCCAACGGGGCGGAGUGCUACAGCUGCGUGGGGCAGAAGCGGGAGGCCUGUGCGGGCAGCGCGGCCCCGGUGGCCAAGUGCUACGACGCGGGCGGCCAGCACUACCGAGGCUGCUUCGACGGCAACGUCACCCUGACGGCAGCCAACAUCACCGUAUCACUGCCCGUGCGGGGCUGCGUGCGGGACCGGGACUGCACCCGGGACGGGGCGGGAAACUCGGGGUUCACACUUACCGGCUCGUGCUGCGAGGGCCCUCGCUGCAACGCCGACCUCCGCAACAAGACCUACUUCGCCCCCCGCAUCCCGCCCCUCGUCGUCCUGCCCGCCCCCCGGCCCACGGGGACCCCCACGGGGACGGCCACCCCCCGGCCCUCGGGGACCCCAGCUGCCCCGGGCCUCGCCACCAAGCCACCCGCGGAGGUGACCACACAGAAGAGCCUGGAGAAGACCUCGGAGAAGGCCCCAGAGAAGACGACCUCGGAGGAGACCCCCCAGGGGGGAUCCUCCCCGACAGCCACGGAACCCGAAGAGUCAGAGGAAGAGGCGGACCACAUGCACGACGGCCAUCCGGCCGGGGGGCGCCCAGUGGGGCACCAGGAGCGGAGCGGUGCCAGUCAACACCCCUCCAAGGGGGGCGUCGGGGCCCAGUACCCCACCCAGGAGUGGGCCAAGGUAACCCCUCCCAAGGGUGGGGCUGGAGUCCAGGAGGCCUGGGUGGGGCUGUCCCUGGCUCUGUUGGCUGCCCUGACCCUGCUGUGAGGACGGGGGUUCCUCUGAGCCCCCAGGCCUGGGCUGGUCCCAGCUCCGACCCUCCCCCCUCCCCGGGUCCCCCUGCGUCCCCCUCUUCCCCCCUGGCCCCGGUCCCCACCUUGGGCGAGCUGGUCUCGCUGCUGUGUAUUUGGGAAAGGUUCAAGGAUGGGAAUAAAAUAUAUUUAAAUGUUU